AUGGAGUCCGAAAGCUCCCACACGGCGGGGGGGAGUCGAGACAAAGAAACGUAUGUCCAACCUAUUGUUGAGGAACUCCAAACUCAAAUCGAGCAACUCAAGGCACAAAUUAAGACGCUGACCUCGGCUCCUCCUCCCAAUGGCGUGCAUGGUAGUUCAAGUCAACAACAAGAAACCCCUGGUGGGUCCGCCCAGCCAAACGGGACGUCGGCUCCGCCCCUCCCUCGCGACCCGACCUCUCGUAUUUGGAGGCUUAUCUCACGCCAGGUUUCCUCGGUGAUCCCGGUCACGGAAGGCCCCUCGCUUCGACUAUUCUUGAGCAGCCUAAUCCUCCCAAUUUUCAAAUGCCGCACCACCUGCCAGAAUAUUACGAGACUUCCGACCCGGAGGAUCACCUCAGUGCAUUUUAGAUUCUGA